CAGGGAUCGGAGCAGAUGAACAACCACCAGGCAGGAGUGCCUCCGUUCAGCUACUAUGGAGAAACAAGACAGAGCUCAGACUGGAGACAUGUACAAGUUUGUGCCACAGAAAUCUAACAGAUUUAUACAAAAUAUUUUGUUUGUCUAUUGAAGAAAACCAAGGAAGAAAAGAAGAGAGGAGAGUUGCAACCAACACCUUUCAACAAGGAUGAAACCAGUGUUAGUGUUCGAGUGAUUUUGUCUACAUCAACAUCAAGAAAAUGUAUCAUGAGAAAGCAGCGCUGAUAACGUAUGCGAGUCAGACCUGAGCUCAUACUGCCUCCCUGUCCAGCAACAGAACUUUAAUGGUUGGAACUGCCCGCCCCAACCUACAUUACUGCCCUCGCAGACACAGCCUGAUGAUCACCGGUGCCAUGGGGGCGGUGCGGGUCAAUAGAUACAGCAUCGUUGCCACAGAUGAAGAUGUCCUGAAGAUCUCCAGCCUGGGCCUCCACAAUGGCCACAGUCCUCUAAAUCAGCAGACACUGUCAGGAACCUGCAUGCGUGGUGAAGAAGGAGGAGGAGAGUGUCCUGGAGGGGAUGAGGGAAGAGGAGCUUUGUCUUUGAGAGUGACAAAUGAGCCAAUCAUCCACAGCAGCUGCCGAGCCUCACCUUCAUGUCAUCUAGGCCUUGAUCUGGGCACCGGCCGCCUGCGCAGCCGCUUUGUGAAGAAGAAUGGCCAGUGCAAUGUGGUAUUCAACAACAUGGAGGAUAAGCCACGACGAUACCUGGCUGACAUUUUCACUACCUGUGUGGACAUACGCUGGCGUUAUCUUCUGCUCAUAUUUACCACUACUUUCCUUCUUUCUUGGUUGUUGUUUGGUGUGGUCUUCUGGGGAGUGGCACUAAUUCAUGGAGACUUUAAUCUUCACAUUCCUUUGAAGGAAGGGGAUACUCGAAGCAAUGGAGAAAGCGAAUGGCGGCCAUGUAUUCUCCACAUCCAGGGGUUCAUUGGGGCAUUCCUCUUCUCCAUAGAGACUCAGACCACUAUUGGAUAUGGUUUCCGGUGUGUCACUGAAGAGUGCCCAGUUGCUGUUGCGACCGUUGUGGUCCAGUCGAUUGUGGGCUGCAUUAUUGACUCUUUCAUGAUUGGCACAAUCAUGGCAAAGAUGGUGCGGCCCAAGAAGCGGGCACAGACCUUACUGUUUUCGCAUUAUGCUGUCAUUGCUUUAAGAGACGGUAAGCUGUGCCUCAUGUGGCGCCUGGGGAACAUGCGAAAGAGCCACAUUGUUGAAGCUCAUGUGCGCGCUCAGCUCAUUAGGCCACACGUGACAGCGGAGGGCGAGUACCUGCCUUUGGAGCAAACAGACAUUGAUGUCGGCUAUGAUGACGGGCUGGAUCGUCUGUUUCUGGUGUCGCCACUGGUUGUGGUCCAUGAGAUCAACGAGAACAGUCCUCUGUAUAACCUGAGCCGCGCCGACUUGCUCAAGGAAGACUUUGAGAUUGUGGUCAUCCUGGAGGGAAUGGUGGAGGCCACAGCUAUGACCACUCAAGCCCGUAGCUCCUACUUGUCCAAGGAGAUCCUGUGGGGACACCGCUUUGAGCCUGUGGUCUUUGAGAAGGGUGCACGCUACCAUGUGGACUACUCCCGUUUUCAUAAGUCCUAUGAAGUGCCAUCUACGCCUCACUGCAGUGCCAAGGAACUGAGUCAGAUGAAGGGUCGUGGUGGGCAGUCCUCAUCCUCCAGCUCGAGUUACUCCCGAUCUCCAUCACCAUUUCCCAAGAGGGCAGCCCGCCAUCUGAUGGGCCCUCACUCCCCCAGCGCUUUCUGCUAUGAGAAUGAGGUAGCUUUGUGCUGCGGGGAUGACGAGGAUGAGGAGAAUGUGAAAGAGGAGGCAGGGAGCCUGAACAUCAGAAGUGACAGAGAGGUAAAAAUGAGAGAGGACAUUCAUUUGGGUUUCAAAGAAACAUUUGUGGAGGAGCAGAAGGUGGAGAUGCUGUGUGUUUUGGACACGGAGAAUCAGAUCAGCCUUGACAGACUACAGCCCACCCUACCUUUAUACAUUAGCAGAGAGUCAGGGGUCUAAUCAUUGAUCAUGGCUGCCCUGUCAAUUGUUUCUUCUUUGUCCGUGUGCAUCCAACCAAAGUGAACUAAUGUACAAAUUAAAGAUGGAGGAUGAAAUUAUAAUUGUAUUUCUAGAGGAUGAAAUGGUCAUUUUUUUCACAAAAUCCACUCAGCUUUAGCUUAUAACUUUCUUUUGUUUCAGACAUUAUAAACUUUCAGUUGUAACAUCAGCAUCUAAACAACGCACAGCUCAUCUACUUUUAAAUAUGAUGACCAGGUAUUUCUCUCAAAUCAUGAGGUAUCUUGAACAUUUUAUUGCUUUCUUGUUUUAUUCAGUAUGACAGUGUAUGAUAUACAGUUAUGUCAAGCGUUUUGCUCUUGAUUUCCAUUCAGUUUUUGUAAAUAUGAUAUGCUUUUGUUUAAUUUUAAAAUGGUUAUGCAUCAAAUACAUAAA